AUGCCUAAGGGCAAGAAGAAGGACAAUGCUACCCAAUCCCACCCGAUAGCCAAGCCCCAGGAGCAACAAGAUGCGGAAAGUCAGGUCGUGGAAUCUGGGUCCGAGACCAAAAAGCCGGACCCGGCUGCUGUUGCCACACAGGAAGCCAACAUGAGAACGAUGCUCGAACUUGCGACGCAGCUAGCUAUGGCAGAACAGGGAUCUGUACGUAACAUGGAUGCCGCCCGGAAUCACCAGUUCAAUUUCUGGAACACGCAGCCCGUCCCGAAGUUUGACGAAAAGGUCGAAGAAAACACUUUUAUCGAGCCCGAUCAGGAACCAUCACUUAUCCGCUCGGAGCCCUUCUCUCUGCCCCAACCGUUUGAAUGGAGCGAUGUGGACCUUGAGGAUCCCGCCCAGCUGAAGGAGUUGUAUUCUCUUUUGUCGGACAAUUAUGUCGAAGAUGACGAUAACAUGUUCCGUUUCGAUUACUCAUCGGAUUUCCUGAAAUGGGCGUUGCAAAUUCCAGGGUGGCUCCCGCAAUGGCACUGUGGGGUGCGAGCUGCGAGCAGUAAGAAGUUGGUCGCAUUCAUCUCUGCCAUUCCACAGGCGGUUCGCAUUUACGACAAGACCAAGAAGAUGGUGGAGAUCAAUUUCUUGUGUGUCCACAAGAAAUUGCGCCAGAAACGGGUGGCUCCAGUUCUGAUUCGCGAAAUCACGCGACGGGUAAAUCAACAGGGGAUCUUUCAGGCGGCUUUCACCGCCGGCGUCGUCUUGCCAAAACCGGUUUCCGUAUGCCGUUAUUACCAUCGUUCGCUUAACCCGAAGAAACUUAUCGAUUGCCGUUUCUCGGCCUUGUCCAGCAAGAUGACGAUGCUUCGCACGGUGAAGCUGUACAAAGUGCCUGAUGAGACGAAGACUGUCGGGCUCCGUCCGCUUGAGAAAAAGGAUCUCGAACAAGCCAUGAAUCUGCUCAACACUCAUCUCAACGGUUAUUCUCUUGUCCCGGUAUUUGAGCCCACCGACUUCGAACAUAUCUUCAUGCCAAGGGACAAUGUCAUCUACACCUACGUCGUGGAAACUGGAGGCAAGAUCACCGACAUGUUCUCGUUCUAUUCGUUGCCGUCGUCCGUGAUGAACCAUCCGACCCACAAACGCAUUGAAGCCGCCUAUGCGUACUAUACCGUGGCUAACACCGUGUCACUGAAGCAGCUCAUGCUGGACGCGCUAGUCGUCGCCCGCAAAGCUGGUUUCGAUGUCUUCAACGCUCUCGAUUUAAUGCAGAACCGAGAGUUCUUCGAGGACUUGAAGUUCGGAAUCGGCGACGGAAACCUGCAAUACUAUCUCUACAACUGGAAGUGCCCGGACAUUGAUCCCUCGAAAAUCGGUCUCAUCCUUCAG